AUCUCUUAAACCACCAUCACAGCAACCAAAGAACGAAACCGGAAGAAGAAUGGAAGGAGAAGAAGAAUUGAGCAUUGAGGAACUUGGUUCCAAUCUUUCUACAUACAAGGAACAGCUCCAACAGGUUCGAGAGCUGUUGGUGGAUGACCCUGGAAAUUCUGAAUAUGCAGACAUGGAAAAGGAGCUUCAAGAGGUGAUUGCGCUGACAGAGGAACUCCUAGCAACUGCGAAGCAAAGUGAAUUCACUGGGCUUGAUAGUGGGACCAAUGCUGGUGCUUCUCCCAGUUUGCCCCAAUCUGAAGGGGCUUCCGAGUAUACACAGGCAUCAAACCACUUGUCCGAAUCAUUUCAGAAGUUUCCUGUUGGCACAAAAUUGCAGGCUGUUUGGAGUGACGAUGGAGAAUGGUAUGACGCAACAGUCGAAGCUCUGACUCCAAAUGGGUACUAUGUGCAUUUCGAGGGAUGGGGUAACAGAGAAGAGGUGGAUCCUGACAAUGUUAGGCCAAUCCAAGAAGGGGUUGUCAAUGCUUUGGUUGAAGCUGAAAAAGAAGCUGAAGCUACAAAGCAAGCCCUCAAAAGGAAAAUUGCACAAGCAGCUGCUGUGGACUACCAAUCAAAGGCCCUACCAGCAAAACUGAAAGUAGACCCUGAUGACUCUGAAGAUGUGAAAGCUGCUAAGCGGAAGAAGAUACAUGCCUUCAAGUCAAAAAAUAGGUUUGAGCAGCUUGAAGUCACACAGAAUAAGCGCCAGAAUGCUUGGCAGCAAUUUCAGACAACUAAAGGGCAGGCUAAAAAGACCGGUUUCUUCACUGGCCGCAAACGUGAAAGCAUUUUCAAGUCACCAGAAGAUCCAAAGGGAAAAGUUGGUGUAACUGGCAGCGGUAAAGGAUUAACAGAUUUCCAGAGGAGGGAGAAGCACUUGCAUCUAAAAGGGGCUGGUGGCGAAACAGAAGAGUAAAGAAGUGUUGAUGUUCAUCUCUUGACCUUCUCUCUCUCUGCCUCUCAAAUUAUUCCUCUGCUUGCACUUGAACAAUUUGGAUGGUGAAACUAAGUCAGUUUUAAUGUCAACCUUUGUGCUCGACGUAUACACAUCAAUGUGUGCUUGCAGAUGGUUUAUGUAAUUGUAGAUUCAUUAGUCUAUACUUCUAGUUUCACUCUAUUAUAAUUUCAUCUUUCUAGAUUUUCAUUCUAUUUACUUAUCACGAAACUUUUUGUGUCUACAAAGAUUUGCCUGAUUAACACA